CUACAGAAGGCUGUGAACUGGAGAAGCGAAGGAUGGGUGAGUAAAAGCCUUAGAGGAGCCAGAGAAGAAACUUGGGAUCUUAGAGUCACCUGUUGACCCUGCUGGGACUAGGAGACCUGUCACCAGUGCCUGCAUCUGGAUACCCUUACCUGAAUCCACCAGGAUGAGCUUCCAGGAUGUGCCCACUCUCCAACAGUUGGCCAUUAGAGGGCUGUUGAAAGAUGAAGAUUUGACCCUGUCUCUUCUGGAUGACCUGCCCAUCGUGCUCUUCCCACCACUGUUUGAGCAGGCCUUCAUCAAUCGACAAACAAAGAUAGUGAAGACCAUGGUAACAUCAUGGCCCUUCCCCUGCCUCCCUCUUGGGUCUCUGAUACACUAUGUUGAAGCAGAUAACUUCCAGGCUGUGCUGGAUGGAAUGGAUUGGCUGAUUAACGAGACUGUUUGGCCCAGGAGGUGCAGACUACGAGUGCUCAAUCUGCACUACAUCGAGCAUGGCUUCUGGGAACGAUGUGUUGGAACAGAGAAUGGUUUCCCUUCACAGAAGAAGAAGGAACCAUUGGAGAAAGAUCCCACAACAGAGGGAAAGAAGCCAAAAUUGCAGGUGUUAGCUGAAUAUACCCUCAUGUUUCAAACUCUCAAGGACUACAAUAGUUGUUUCCUACAAUGGCUCAGUCUGAGAAAAGACAUUGUGCGAAUUUAUUUUUUUAACUUGGUUCCUAAAAAGAAAUGAAAGUACAGACAGAGCAGUUGGAUUUCUUUCUUAGGACCUCUCUGAAUCUUAAGUCACAUAUGCAUCAUGGAUGCUGCACCUUUUGCCCUCAGUAAGUCCAGUCUGCACUUAACCUUAAACUAUGGUCUUCAUCACAUAGAUUUUGGCCAGUCUUUCCUAUAGAACAUGAAAUUAAAGAAUGUACAACCAUGA